AUGUCUCAGGAAGCGCCAAAACCAUCGAAUAGAAGAUCGAGAAAACCUGGUUUAGAUCGAAAGCCACGACAAGCUUACAGCGCGAAACAAUUAGAACGUUUAGAAAGCGAAUUCAAAGUCGAUAAAUACCUGAGCGUUAGUAAACGCAUGGAGCUUUCGAAAGCUCUUAAUUUAACCGAGGUCCAAAUUAAGACGUGGUUUCAAAAUCGACGCACGAAAUGGAAAAAACAAUUAACAACCCGAUUGAAGAUGGCGCAACGCCAAGGAUUGUUUCCGCCGCAUUAUUUUAACCCCACAGCACAAUAUCCCACCUUAUUUUCAGCUCCCUAUUGUCCACCCUUAAGUUAUGUGUUCGGCGUUCCACCCAUAGAUGAAGUUAAUAGUCCGAAUCGAACGGAAUCGCCCGAAAAAAUCAAAUAG